AUGAGAGAAAUGAUAUGGAAAGUCAUAGUAAUCUUUUUGGUAAAGGCAGUUAAAGGAGCUAUUAUCAAUGAGAUAAUAGAAGGAGAACUUAAUAUUGAAAAAAUAAAUCCAACAUUUAGUUAUUCAAUUGAUUUUACAUCUGAUGAACCAAUAAGACAAUACACUAUGUUAAUUGGCAAAGAAAUAUUAAAUAAACAAGAAAUAAUAUUAGAAUUACCUAAUAUAACAAGUGGAAUAAUAAAUUGUAGAGAAAAUCAUAUUGGAUUUACAGUUAAAAGAACAAAAACAAAAAGUUUAUUAAAUGAGUAUAUAAUGAGAUAUCAAGGAAAUUUAUGUCCAAUGUCUUUCUAUAAAACUAUAAUUUGUAUUAUUAAUGUUUAUUGUCUUCAAUCACAAAUCAUUUCUAAAGCACCAUUUUAUCAAGUUAUUACAAAUAUUAAUAACAAUAUUCAAAGGUUUAUUCUUGAAGACUAUGUUGGAACUAAAGACCAUUGGUUUUUUAUUGACUUUUAUAGUUUUAUUGAUCCUAUUCAAAUAGAAUUAAUUCAAAAAUUCAUUUCUAUUGAAAAGAAUAAUCAAUACUUUAUUGAAGAACACUUUAUUAAUGUAAAAAAUAUUGGAAAUGAAUUGGAUGGUCCAUUUGAAAGAAUACAAUAUGAAGAAUUUAUAAAUGAAAGUGUUUGUUUAAAAAAAUUACAAUUAAAACUACCAUUAGAAAGUCAAAUUGAUAAAUAUUAUGACUCAACUGGAAUUAUUUAUGGAUAUUCAUCAAAAAUUAAUAAAAAUAAUAAUAUUAUUACUAUUCAACCAAGAUACCCUUUAUUAGGUGGUUGGUCUACUUCAUUUUCAAUUAACUAUCAUUAUAAAUUCAUUAAUAAUAAUUUAAAUAUAUUAGAAAUCCCUCUUAUAACAAAUAGUUUUCCAAUUGGUGUAUUAAAUUAUUCUAUUAGUAUUAAAUUACCUUUUGGAAUGAAUAUUAAAAAAUAUUGGUUUAAUCCGGCUUGUAAUAACAUCUUUUCUUUUAAAGAAAAUCAUGUUUUUGGACCAUUUUCUUAUCAAAAAAUUCAAGUUGAAUUAAAUAAUAUUGUUUUGGACCAAAACCAAAUUUAUUUAAUGAUUGAAUAUGAUACUGUUGAUUCUUAUUACCAAUUAUUUAUUAAAAUAAUAUUACUUACUUCUCUUUUAGUAAUUAUUACUCUAAUUAAUUAUUUAACACUUUAA